AGUUCGAAAGUGCUGCCACAUCCAUUUGCCGAGUACACCCACGACAAAACCGCACAAUUUGCCGUUUUCAAGAUUCGGUAAUAAACUUGUAAACUCAGUAAUCAAGUUGAUUUCAUCUGUGCUGCCAUGGCCGCUAAUUUCUGGACUUCUUCUCACUACAAACAGCUUCUGGAUCCAGAAGAGGUGGAUGUGGUGCAUCCACUAGACAAGGAGAGGGGCAUCACUCUUGAAGAUUUCAAGCUUAUCAAGCUACAUAUGUCCAAUUAUAUUGCAAGAUUGGCUCAAAAUGUAAAAGUGAGGCAAAGGGUUGUUGCUACUGCCAUUACCUACAUGAGACGUGUUUAUGUCAGGUGUGUUAUCACUGUUCUUUAAUGUUAAUAAAAACUGCAGUAUUAGUGAUCUAUGUUUAUGCUUGAAAAUUCUUUGCAAUUUCUUAUAUUUUAAGCAAACAUUAUUUCAAUGAAGGAAGGUAUAUAUUCAUGUUGAAUUUUACUAGAACCACGGUUUUUAGCAAGCAUCAGUAUCCUUUUUCGAGGGUCAAAAGUGAUUGCACAUUUUGUUAAUGCACCAGUAGAUAAAUUUCUUUGAAAGGUUUGAAACUGCUGAAUU